GCUCCAGGUGGCAUUGCUACCCCUCAAGUGUAUGCCCAGCUGUUGGCGCUCUAUCUACUGCACAAUGACAUGCAAGUCAGGCUAUGCCUUUCUUAAAGCCCUUCUAAAGAUAAGGUUUUCUGCCCACUGAGACAUGACUGGAAUUAAUUGUCAGAUGACUUUUACUAUUUUUACAGGAAUAAUGCAAGGUACCUGUGGAAGCGAAUUCCUCAAGCCAUUAAAACGGUGAGAAGGGUUAGAAUUUCUCAUACUUAGCUGUAAAUGUUUGUAAAUGUCUUAGUGUCAAAAGCAUAUUUUUGUUAGUAGGGAUGCAAAUUUCGGUCAAUUUUCCUGCGACUAACUGACCCCCAUUAACCGGUCAACAAACAGAUUUUUUUCUCUCCAAACAGUCAAAUGACUGACCAAAAUAUAAUGCAUGCACACAAGGAAGACAUUUUUCAUCAAGAGUUUAAUGGAAACAUGCAACAAUAGCAAGGCUAUUGUUUUACAGUUGAAAGGCUAUAGCCUAUUAUUGAACAUGCAAAUUCUGUAAUGAAGCAGUUAAUAAAUCCUCAUUUUCAAACAUUUUCCAAAAUGCAAUUAACAGGAAAACACUGUUCUAAACAGUGCACCAAAUGUGAGUGGUUCCAUAUGUGACUGAGAUGAAAAUCUCAAUCAUAGAAAGAGGGUAAUCUAAUAGCAACAACUAGGAUGGGUUGCUAAUAUGACUAGGAUUUUGCCUUUGGCUUCUGGACAAUGAAGGAAAGUUGAUAUGAAAACCAAUGGCAUGAAGUCUUUAUAAAAUAAUUACCUCCAAGUUGAAGCAAGUAAAGACAUGCCUCAUUAUUUUAACCAAAAUAAAACUUUCAGGUUUCAAACAAUUAUACUGCCUCAAGCUCACAUUGCAAAGUGGUGGGUGACGCGAUGAUAGCCUGCCUAUUGUUGACUAGCCUAUGUACUUGAAUGGGAGGCACGCUUUAAUUAGUUGAGUUGAGUUUGAGAAAUUAAAAUGGUAGCUCUUAAUUGUGGCCAUCAAAAACAGUUAACAAGCAAUUGCAUUUAGAAUUGUUAUUUGUUGCGCAAUGACUGGGCUUAUAAAAGCACGCACUUCACUCCAGCUGUUUAAUGAGCUGCUCUCGCGCUGUCUGACAGGCCAGGGGUAAGCAACCCUGGUCCUGGAGUGUUGCAGGAAGACCAGGUGUGUUGAAUUUAGGCAAUCACUGAACUGAUCAGUUAGCUCAGUUGGUCAGGUGUGGUGCCUAGUUGAAACAAAUUCCUGCAGUACCUGCAUCACUCAAGGAACAGGGUGAUGGGCCAUUCCGCUCCUGAAACUAGGCUUUAUGCUGUGCAGGUGUGGUAAGAUACAUGACAACUAAUGAAUAUACACGCGUGCCAAUUUAAUUCCACUAAAUUAUGCAAUUUAACCUAUAGACUGAUAAGCAUGACCGAUCAAAUGUAUUUUCAGCAGCUAACCGAUUAACGGUUAUCUGUUAACAUCCCUAGUUGUUAGGCAAACAUGAGUUAAAGCUAUACUGGGAACCCUGUAACUAUUGAAUAGGUACUCAUUGUAUAAUUUCCCACGUUGAAAAUUAUGGUAGAAAAGUGGGACCUGCCCUGCACGCUGAAUUAAUUCAACACAUGAGAAUGAGUGUGUCCAAUGUGUCACUAGCAACAAGACUCCUAGCCUGCAUUUCUCUCAGUAUAGUCUAGGCCCCAAUGUAUGGUAAUGUUGGUGAAGUGGGUUGAAACAUGUGGUGUGUGCAGGCAAACCUAGAGCUGACGGCCGUGUGGGCCGUGGGUCAGCGUAUAUGGCAGCGAGACUUCCCAGGGAUCUACUUGGCCAUCGCAGCUCACCAGUGGUCUGAGAACAUCCUGCCAGUCAUGGAGGCCCUGCGAGGUACUGUCAUGUCCGUGCACUUUUCUGUGACCAAUUGCACACACCUGACC